ACCUCAUGGAGUGGCCCGUGCACGCUUGCUCGGCAUGAGCCAGAAGUGAACUCCGAAGGACUCCUGGUUGGCGACGUCACUUUUUCAUCCUCAGCACUUUGCCCAACAACGCAUUUUCAUUGACAUUGGCACUGCGAUUUGGCCCAUCAUGGCUACCGGGGUAGAUGCGCGACUCUUGAAGUCGACAAAGUUCCCUGCCGAGUUCAGCCAGAAGGUCGACAUGCAGAAAGUCAACCUCCAGGUCAUGAAAAAAUGGAUCGCCAGCAAGAUAUCUGAAAUUCUCGGCAGCGAAGACGAUGUCGUGAUUGAGCUUUGCUUCAAUCUGAUCGAGGGAUCGCGAUACCCGGACAUCAAGUCCCUACAGAUCCAACUGACGGGGUUCCUCGACAAAGACACGGCCCCCUUCUGCAAAGACUUAUGGAGGCUACUGUUGAGUGCCCAAGGCAGCCCUCAGGGGGUGCCUAAAGAGCUCCUGGAAGCCAAAAAGCUUGAGCUCAUACAAGAAAAGAUUGAAGCAGACCGCGCCGCCGAGGACGCUAGAAAGAGACGCGACGAGCUGGACCGCCGAGAUCGCGAAAUCGCCGAUAUGAAAGACCGUGACCGCCGAGAUCGGACAGCUGGACGUGGUGAUACCUGGCAAGGGCGACGUGGCGAUCGCGAUCGCGGCAAUCGGGGGCGAGGUGAUUUUAGAAGGACUGGAAACCGAUCCCGAUCACCAGCGCCACGAUUCCGUGACCAAAGAGAUUCGUACGGGCGUGACAGCUACGUUCCACGAGGUCGACGUGGUGGAGGGCGCGACCGCGGUGAUCGUGGUACUCGCCGGCGGUCGCGCAGUCGCUCCGGCUCUGCCUCGGGUUCGGCAUCGUCUCGGUCCAACUCGCGCAGUCGGAGCGCUUCUCGCAGUAGCGAUCGAUCAGACAGUCGGAACCGCCAGGCUCGACGGAGGUCACCAGGAGGACGACGAGACCAGCGCAAGAGAUCAAGAUCGCCUGCAGGAGGAGAUGCCUAUCGACCACGACCGAAUCGCGACGGCAGAGGACGCCGAUACGCCCCCAAUCGUCGAUCAGGUUCUGUGUCUUCCGAGAGGCGUUCGCCUACGCCAAAAAGAAGAAGGUAUUCUUCGUCACGAAGCCGAUCAGUCGAUCGUCGAAAGCGAUAUUCGAGAAGUGUCUCGUCAUCGAGAUCUAGGGGCUCUUCCGAGUCUCGUAGUCGUAGCCGCAGUGCAUCGCCUAAGAACCGUGGAAAAGGGCCAAGAGGCGCACAAAGUGAUACAUCAGAUGUGGAGGAUGAUGGCCGUCGUCGUCGGCGGGCCAGCCCAGGUCGAGGCGGCCGACGCCGGUCAAAGAGACCACAGUCUCGCAACGACCGGCGACGGAACAGUUCCUCACCUGCAUCACCCUCCAGAACACAGGGCAAGUCAGCUGAUAUUUCUGAAGAUGAACCUCGCGUCCCGCCAUCGAAACCUGAUGUUGAGCUUGUGAGAGCCGACGAAUAGGUGGUAAGCCUUGAGUAUCAUGGGAGGAAGGGUAGUCGUGUGGUCAUGGACACUGACAAGUGGCGAGCCACAGACAAAGACAAAUUUGCAUAGCAAAAUUUCCUGAAGGCUGAAGUUAAGGGGAGACGAUUGCGAAGAUGAGAUCCUCUUUAGAGCAGCUCUUCGACAGUCAAGGCUAACUGUUGUUGAAGCGCUCCACCCGAUUGGGUCCUGUCGUUUGUAAAAUUCACUUUGGAAUACGAAAAAGCAACUGAGAUUUGAGCAGAAAACGGUUGAAUCAAAUCGUAGAAUAAUGAAUCAAUGAAAUCUGAACAGUGACACCUGGAUAACUACGUGAUGUUUUC